AUGUUCAGUGUAGAAUUAAAAUUUAAUUCAAGUAUCAUUAAUGAUUCUUGUACAUCUGAAAUUUCUCUAUAUAUACAUCUUCAGCAAAGAAUAGCUCAUGAACAGUUGAUUCACAUUAGUCUUAAGUGUGAAACGAUAGUAUACCCAUGGCGACUGAUAAAAUUCAUUUGUAUUUUGUACGAAUUUCAACAAGGAAGAAAUGCUUUCAACAAGGAAGAAGCAUGUAGAAAUUUAUUGAAAGUGUUUGGUGAAGGUACAGUUUCUGAUAGGACAUGCAGAAGAUGGUAUGAAAAAUUUGAAACAGGUGAUUUCGACCUUUCUGAUAAGCCACGUUCUGGGCGACCAUCUUUGAUCGACGACGAUGUUGUUAAGGCAAUGUUGGAGCAAGAUCCUUUUCUGAUAACAUCGGAGAUCGCAGAAAGGCUUAAUUCAGCUCAACAAAUCAUUUCUGACUAUAUUCGGAAGAUAGGAUUGAUGUGGAAGUAUUCAAGAUGGGUGCCACAUGAAUUAAGUCAGAAAAAUUUGGAUGAUCGAGUUGUCAUAUGCACAUCUCUGCUUGCUCGGAACGGGGGAUGAAAAAUGGAUUACAUACAACAACAUUGUAAGGAAAAGGACAUAUUGUGAACCGGAAAACCUAGUCCUUCCACCUCUAAACCAAAUUUGAUUCAGAAUAAGAGAAUGUUGUGUAUAUGGUGGGACAUUCGAGGACCAAUACAUUAUGAGCUUUUAAAACCGAACGAAAAGCUCAAUUCGGAGAAGUAUUGUCAGCAACUGGAUAAUUUAAAGACAGC